UUCGUCCUUCUCACUCGUUGUUUACUUCCUCCCUAAAACCCUACUUCUCUGAACUGUCUUCUCUGUUUCGAAGAUCCAAUGGCGUUCCGCAGCGGCUUCCGAUCACUGUCGCUCCACCGCCGUCGGCUAUUCUCCACUUCCAUCCUCAGCCCGGAUUCCAAAACCCCACUCAGUGGCAUAGAGAAGUCGCGGGCGGCGCUCUCCCUCCUCCGAUUCGAGAAAAAUCCGGAGCGGAUUCUCGAUAUCUGCCGCGCUGCUGCUCUCACCCCGGAGUUGAAACUUGACCGUAUUGCUUAUUCAGUGGCGAUCUCGAAGCUGAAAGAAUCGAACUACUACGAGGGCAUUCGGGGGCUAAUCAGGGACUCAUUGGAUCAACCCCAUUUCACAACCGAGCGUAUCGUUUCCCAUUUCAUUGUUCUUUAUGGCCAGUGUGGUCUCGUCGAUGACGCUAUCAAGCUGUUCGACGAAAUGCCUGCUUUAGGGAUUAAGCACAGCGUGAAGGCGUUGAACAAGUUGCUGUUUGCCUGCAUUUUAGCGGGAGAUUACGGCUCGAUGAAGCGGAUUUUCUCUGAAUUUCCCCGGAAAUAUGGAUUGGAUCCAGAUUUGGAAACGUACAACACCCUUCUGAAGGGGUUUUCUGAGUCGGGCAGUGCGAACUCGUCGCAUUCAAUCUUGGCCGAGAUGGACAGGAAGGGGGUGAAGCCUAAUGCCACAACGCUUUCCAUCGUGAUUUCAGGGUUCUACAAGGAGGAGAAAUUCGGCGAUGCGGAAAAGAUGAUGGGUUUGAUGAAGAAACACGGAGUGAAGCCCGGGAUCGGUGUUUACAACGUUAAAAUGCAGAGUUUAUGCAAGCUUGGAAAAUCAGCUGAGGCGAAGGCACUGUUGGACGAUCUUUUGGCUAGAGGCAUGAAACCCAAUCGCGUGACAUUUGGCCAUUUGAUUUACGGGUUUUGUCGGGAGGGGAAUUUGGAUGUUGCCAAGGCUUUGUUCGAGGAAAUGAACGGCCGCAAGCUGAAGCCGGAAGCUGGGUGUUAUUUUACUCUGGUUUACUAUUUGUGUCAGGGGCGAGAUUUCGACACAGCCCUGGAAGUAUGCAAGAAAUGCCUGGCUAAGAGUUGGAUACCUAACAUUACUACUAUGAAGUUGCUUGUGAAUGGGUUGACUAGCAUCGGUAAGGUCGAUGAGGCUAAGGAAAUAAUUGGGGUGGUGAAGGAGAAGUUCUCGAGGAACUCCGAGAAAUGGAGUGAGAUCGAGGAGGGCUUGUCGAAGUAGAAUGAUGAACAUGGUAUUAGUGAUCUGUUCUUUUGAUUUUCUUGUAACAUGUUCCUUUUUUCCAGUGGACGGUUUUGAUCAUCAAUAUAGAUUUCUGAGGAUGUUGGUUUA